AUGAAUCGAAUUAUUAUUACAGAAAUUGGAGAUUCAAUUCGUAAAGAUCUCAAAGAAGAUUGUACUUCAAAUGACUUGAAUUUUUCUUCGAGCAAAAGAUACCUUCGCUUUAAAACCAAUGCUAGUGAGUCCACUGUUGAAUUAAAAAGAUAAAAUACAAUUAAUCCUCUCUUAUAUCCAUAAGAACUCGUGUCUAUUGCUUAAACUAAACUAUAUAACAUGGCCAAGUUAUCCCUGCAAGGUUAAACUGAACAGUUGAAGAAUUGCAUAUAGUAGGAUCUCAAUCUACCAAAAAAGAGUUCCUAUAUAAAUAGGAAUUUAGACAAAUUAGUACAUCAAAUUGUGGAUAAUCAAGAUUAAUUUACAAAGCGAAAAAGUUAGUUGUUGAAACAAUUAAUGUUAAUAAAACAAAGUGAUAGAAGUAAAUCCAAUUAUACCUUGGCGUUUAAAGACAAUGAGAAGGUGUAAACCAUUCUUCAAGUUCCCUCGAUUGUGAAUGCUGAAGGCAAAUUAGAACAAUUGUAGAGGAGAUUUCAAAGGCAAAAUCAAGCAGAUUUGAGGAUGAGAUAGAGACUGGCUAGUUGUUUGGAAUAAAGUUAAGAAAAAAACUCGAAUAGAUUUGAUAUCAAUUUCUCUGGAUUUAACAUAUCAAAAAAAGAAUUAGUAAUUAAAAGUAACUCUCGAAUGAGAAUAAGAAUCUAAUAAAAUUGUUGCAAUAAAUAAAUUAAUACUGAUUGA